AUGGAUAUGGCGGGAUUUCGCACUGGAAAGAAACACGAGCAAAAUGAUAGGAAACAAUUUAAAUUGGGAGACGAAGACAUGGAAGUGCACGGGUAUCGGAAACAUUAUUGCCUUUAUUUCUUCACUUGGUUCAUGAUAAUAAUAACAUGCGGAAUAUUAAGAUUGAUAUUUCACUGGUGUCCUCAUUGGAUGCUGUUGGCCACUCACGUUCGUUGCGGAUUGCAUAGGGCCAGCACCGUUCUCAUAGUGGACAAAUACCACAAGCAUAAGAAUUAUCACGUGAAAAAAGUCGUGGAACUCACGAAGAACACGAUCAACGAAUAUGAGGAAAAAAAUUUGGAAACCGACGUUCUCACCGAGGUUGUCAGCUAUGAAGUCAAAAACAAAGCUUUACCUUUGCACGUCGGAAAUGGAAUAUUCAAAGAUUGCGACACGAUUCGCAUGUUUCGUUGCAAAAAACUUUCUUAUUACUGGGACGAAGGAAAAAAAAUGUUCAGAAAACUCGAUGGCCUCGAUCGCGAUGUCACCACUGCUGCCCUUCACAAGCAGUCCGGUCUAACCGCACAGGAACAAUUUCUAAGGAGAAUAGUUUAUGGUAGAAAUGAAAUCGUGAUACCCGCCAAAGGUAUUUUCACGCUUUUGUGGUUUGAAGUCCUCAAUCCGUUUUACAUAUUUCAAAUAUGUUCUUUCAUACUCUGGUUCGUCGAUGAUUAUUUCUACUAUGCUAUGGCUAUACUAUUGAUGAGCGCGAUGGGAAUAAUCGCGUCAAUCAUACAAACGAGAAAAAACCAAAGCAAACUUCGAAGCACCGUCCAUAGCGUGGAUGUUGUCAACGUCGUACGGGGAAAUGGUAAAACGUGUACUAUAACGACGGAGCAGUUGGUACCAGGAGAUGUGAUAAUAAUACCAUCUCACGGAUGCGUCAUGCAAUGCGAUGCCGUCCUUUUAGCCGGUAACUGCAUCGUCAACGAGGCCAUGCUUACCGGUGAAUCCGUUCCGGUAACGAAAACGCCUCUCCCGAAUUUCGAUAGAAUUCCCUACGAUUCAAGAGAACAUGCCAAACACACUCUUUUUUGCGGUACUCAAGUCAUACAAACCAGGUACUAUGGAGACGAAAACGUUUGCGCCGUCGUCAUUCGUACCGGUUUUUAUACUUCCAAGGGUAGUUUGGUUCGAUCCAUCAUGUAUCCGCCACCCGUUGAUUUUAAAUUCGAACACGAUUCUUAUAAAUUUGUAGCACUUUUAGCAGUUACGGCUUUUAUCGGUUUCAUUUACACUUCGAUUACAAAGUAUUUAAGAGGUUUUUCGUUCGGUGAAAUCACAGUCGAAGCAUUGGAUCUUAUAACAAUAGCCGUUCCUCCAGCACUUCCGGCCGCCAUGACGGUCGGUCGAAUGUAUGCUCAAAGCAGGUUGCAGAAAAAGGGAAUUUAUUGCAUCAGUCCGAGGAGCAUAAACGUUUCCGGAUCGAUCGAUUGCGUUUGUUUCGAUAAGACUGGCACACUGACCGAAGACGGUCUCGAUAUGUGGGGCGUAGUCCCGGUGAGUGAAAAAAAAUGUCAAAAUCCGGUGACGGAUCCUAAAAAUUUAGAAAGGAGUCACAUUUUGUACGGAAUGGUGACUUGUCACAGCCUCACAAUCAUAGAUGGUAAAUUAUCCGGGGAUCCGUUAGAUUUAAAGAUGUUCGAAAGCACGGAUUGGAUUUUGGAAGAGCCCGACGUUAGCGACAACACGAAAUUCGAAAUCGUUCAUCCGACCAUCGUGAGACCAAAACAGGAACCGUCCAUAAUUUCUUCUCCUGAAAUCGGAGACGACGGCUUCAGGACCGGAAUCGAAAUCGGUAUAAUACGUCAAUUUCCGUUUUCGUCGAGUUUGCAAAGGAUGAGCGUCAUAACGAAAACGUUGGGAGAAAAAGAUUUCGUAGUUUAUUGUAAAGGAUCACCGGAAAUGAUUCUCUCACUAUCCAAACCUCAAUCAGUUCCUUCAAAUUUCAACACGGUUCUUCGGGAAUACACCGAAGAGGGUUACAGGGUUCUUGCCAUCGGUUACAGGCCUCUCGUUAAAAUAUCCUAUGCCAAAGUUCAAAGGAUUCAACGUGAAGACGUAGAACAAAAUUUAACGUUGCUCGGAUUGGUCGUUUUGGAAAAUAAAUUAAAACCCCAAACGACGGGAGUCAUUACGGAAUUAAGGGAUGCCAACAUACGUACUAUAAUUGUCACUGGUGAUAACAUGAUGACGGCUUUAAGCGUUGCACGUGAUUGUGGUAUAGUUCCGACGGGUCAAAGAGUUAUUCUAGUACAUUCCAGUCAAGCGAAAAAAAAUGAAAUUCCAGUAUUACACUACACGAAUAGUUAUUGCGCUUUACCUUCUAGUAUUUCUUGUUGCGAGACUGCACCGAACGCUAACACCGAUACAUGCGUGGUCAGCAUAAGCAGUUUAACGAGUGCGAGCGACAUAACGGAUUUAGGUUAUUCGGCAUCGACAGAACCGAGGGUCGCUGAUUAUUCUUUUGCAAUCACCGGAAGUACUUGGUCGAACAUUCAAACGUAUUAUCCGGAUUUAGUACCUAAAAUGUUGACUCGAGGAGCUGUUUUCGCUAGAAUGAGUCCGGAUCAGAAGCAAUUGCUGGUCGAAGAGCUUCAAGGAUUGGGAUACUACGUUGCCAUGUGCGGUGACGGUGCGAACGAUUGCGGAGCAUUGAAAGCCGCCAACGCAGGCGUAUCCCUUUCGGAUGCGGAAAGUUCCGUCGCUUCUCCGUUCACGUCGAAACACGCCAACAUAUCUUGCAUUCCCAUGGUCAUACGUGAGGGUCGAGCCGCGCUCAUAACGAGUUUCGGAAUAUUCAAAUACGUCGCGAGUUACAGUCUCAUACAAUUCAUAUCCGUUCUCAUACUCUAUUCCAUCGACACGGAUUUGACGGACAUACAAUUCCUUUACAUAGAUUUAUUCAUAAUAACCAUAUUCGUGUUCUUCUUCGGUAAAACGGAAAGUUACGACGGACCCCUGUCGAAGAAGACGCCCCUUGCGAGUCUCAUGUCUUUCUCGCCUAUACUCAGUCUUUUCCUACAGAUAACACUCGUCACGACGACGACGGCGGCGGAUGCGGCGGCGGCGACGGUUCGUGAUCCUUCGGAUUCGAUUAUCGUCGAUAACUCGACGACGACGAUGAUGACGUCGACGGCGAAUCUCGAUUAUCUCGGCGAAAUGGGUUGCUACGAAAAUUACGCCGUUUUCGGCGUGUCUUCCCUUCAAUACAUAAUACUCGCAAUUGUUUUUUCAAAGGGUAAACCCUACCGGAAAUCACUUUUUGCCAAUUACGGUUUGCUCGCGAGCAUCGUUUUCGUGACGUCGUUCACCGUCUACCUCAUACUCGAUCCGGCUUCGUGGUUGAUAAAAUCAUUCGAACUCAUGGUUCCCCCGGAUUACAAAUUCAGGACCGUCAUACUCAUUUACGGCGCCGUUAAUUUCGCCAUAUCUUGCUUCAUCGAAUACUUCAUUGUGGAUUACGUGGCGUUUAAAAAACUUCGAUACAGGUUUCACAACAUCGAUAAAUCGAAAAAGAAAUAUCUCGCAAUCGAGAAAGAAAUGAAACACGAUUUGAGUUGGCCCGUCAUAUCGAAAGACGUCGUGGGGGAUAAAAUACCGGAAAUGACUCCGCCGGAAGAUGAGUCGCGGGUUCGCGAAAAGAAUGAGGAACGCGAUCAAAAUCAUCAUCAUCAUCAUCACGUCGGAGAGCCCAAAAAAUUCGAACGUCCCAAUUUCGAAUUCGGGGAUUUGCCGUCCAUCACGGAUUUCGGUAAAACGAAAUUCAACAGGGUGAACGCGGGGGGUAGGAUACGAAGGUAUUCGGAAAAUUCAAACAACAACGUGGGAAACGAAUUUUUAAAAAUGAGCGUUCCCAAUUUAUCAUUGAACGGUUUCGCGGGUAACGAACGUUCGAAAGAUAAUUUGAGUUGA